UGUUCCCUGCCGAAGGCCGCCCGGCCGCAGCGCCGGCCUCCCGCCGCCAUGAAGCUCGUCAGGUUUCUAAUGAAACUGAGCCAUGAGACUGUGACCAUUGAACUGAAGAAUGGGACACAGGUGCAUGGAACUAUCACAGGAGUGGAUGUCAGUAUGAAUACGCAUCUGAAAGCAGUGAAAAUGACACUGAAGAACAGAGAACCCGUACAGCUGGAGACGCUGAGUAUUCGAGGGAAUAACAUCCGAUACUUCAUUCUGCCGGACAGCUUGCCUCUGGAUACUUUGCUAGUGGAUGUUGAACCAAAAGUCAAAUCCAAGAAAAGAGAAGCAGUUGCUGGAAGAGGUCGUGGCAGAGGCCGUGGGAGAGGCCGAGGUCGUGGAAGAGGAAGAGGGGGUCCAAGACGGUAACUUCUCACCCAGAAACUGUUACCAAAAUCUGGGCAAUUUCAGAUAUUUUCUUGUACAGGUCUUGUUUAUGGUAUUCAUUUUUAAUAAACUGAAAUGUGAAAAAGUUGUAUUUCCUUUGUUAGUGAAGUCUGGGGAGGAAGGCAUGGCCUGUUUCUAGAGGCUGUUGCAGACCAAGCAUGUCUUGUUGGGUAUCACUGUCAUGAUCAAGAUUUCACCCACCCCUGAAGGCUGUACAACUACCUCUUGCUUUUUGCCCCAGAGCAAGAGACUUAUGUUGGUGUGCUUUAAGAAUGUUUGUUCAACAUUCAUCCCUCUUUUAUAAGGCACUUGCCAUCUUCUCAUGGUUACAUAGUUAAGACACUGUAUUAAGAACUGCAUCCCAUGAGUGUGUCUCUAAUGUCUCUUUAAAGUUCAUAGAUACAAUUUUACUGUUUUCUAUUACAUGAAGCUUACAAUUUAAACAUGUUGCUUUCUUUAUAAAAUGUUCACUUAGGGAAAUUAACCAGUUCUGUGGAACUGCUGGAUUGUUACAUCUCAUGAUUAAAGUAUACCUGGA